GUGAAACCUCGAAGUAAAAUGGUGUUUGAGAAGCCGAUCGUUGUCGACUGCCGCGGCCACCUGGUGGGCCGCCUGGCCUCCCUGAUCGCCAAGGAGCUCCUGCAGGGCCAGCACGUCGUGGCUGUGCGUUGCGAGCAGCUUGAGAUCUCCGGCUCGCACGUGCGCAACAAAGUCAAGUUCUUCCAGUUCUUGAACAAGCGUACGGCCACCAACCCCAAGAAGGGCCCCAUCCACUACCGUGCCCCGUCGCGCAUGCUGUGGCGCACGAUCCGUGGCAUGCUGCCGCACAAGACGGCCCGUGGUGCCGCCGCCCUGCAGCGACUUAAGACGUUCGACGGCAUCCCGUCGCCGUACGACAAGCAGAAGCGCAUGGUCAUCCCCCAGGCUCUGCGUGUGCUGCGCCUGAAGGCCAACCGCCGCUACACCGUCCUUGGCGACCUCGCCUCGGAGGUCGGCUGGCGU